AUGCCCCCAAUGGACCACGACGAAAGAGUUGAAGCAUUCGAUCCGACGGCCGGGCCUUCUCGAGACACAUCUUUUGCCAUGCAAAGAGCGAUGCCUUCCUCGAGGUCGCGCAAUCAAGCCUUUCCAAACGUCUACUCAACUAGGAGUCGAGGGGAGACAGAUACCAGUGUUGCCAGUACAUCGUCGAGCAAGGCCUCAUUUACCGAUAGCACGUGGUCUUUAACCAGCAUGAACCCACCAGAGUCCAGUACUGAGGCCGAAUCAUGUUAUGACGACGGCCCAAAGGAACUAUGGUUCGAGACACGAAAUCCAUAUGCGCCCGUAACUGUUGUCAUGUUACAUCUCCUCUUCUCUUCUCAUCUCGAGUGGAUGCACGUCGCACCAAAGUUGACCGAGUACCACCUACUCAUUCCCGACUUGCCUCAUCACUCCAGGUCAAGACAUAUCAAGCCAUUUUCGUUCGCACUGGCGGCCGAUCUUGUGGUUGAUAUGAUCAAGAAGCACGCACACGGAGGUCGCGCACACCUUGUCGGAAUCUCGACUGGUGGUUAUGUGGCUCUAGAGAUUGCGCGCCGGCAUCCGGAAGUCGUUCUCAGUAUUAUGACAUCCGGGUCACCACCGUUGCGCGACGUUCGAUUAAAGGCAGCACAAUCUCCGCGCCUUGUUCAUUACGGGCUCCUGGCCGCGCUACACUCGCCAAAUAGCGUCUUCUUUAAGCUUUCUGGAUGGGCGCCGGAAUUUCAGGACAGUAGAUUACUGAAGGAGGUUAAACGUAACACAACCUCACGGCUUUCUCAAUACGGCAACAGAGAAUCGGCGGAAUUUCAAAAAGAGGCCUUCGAGGAAGCUGCCAGCAAGGGCAUUCGCGUUGCCAUGCUCGCUGGCGGCAAACAAGACGACGUCGAGGCCAUAAGAGAAGCGGGGAGGCUUUUUACAGGAGACUUGAAUUUUGGUGACGGUCUACGGUCGCGCAGCUACAUCGUUCGCGAGGCAAUUCAUGCAUGGAAUUUGCAAAUGCCGUAUCUCUUCGCCAAAGGCAUCCAAGCUUGGGUAGAAGACUGGCCGUUACCACCCGAGUUUGAGAUCAUGGAUUAA